GCAAAGAUGUGAAUGCAGGUGAGAUAUGCGACGCAACUAACUGACUAGAUACUAAGGCUGCCCCUCACCCCGCAAAGACUGGAGAUUUUCGUAAGACUCGUAAUGGCACGCGGGCUUGGAUCAACGAUCUUACCUCCGCACUGCUAGCAUAUUCUAUCCAUCAACACCCAGCGCCUUACACCUCUGGCUUUUCUCACAAACUCGGUCUGUUCAGAGUCUGGCCUCUUUGUAGCAUUAUAACAUCAUGACUUUAUCUUCUCAUGAAGGCGAAGUAGCCUUCGACGCUCCCGAGGCAAAUAAGCCGUGUAAGACAUGGUACAAGAUCUACGGCGAUCUGUCGUCCCAUCGGGGUCCGGCCCUCGUUGCUCUCCACGGUGGUCCUGGCGCCGGUCAUGAAUACCUGUCUCCGCUAACAGAUAUCUACGAGAAGUACGACAUCCCCAUCGUGUUUUACGAUCAGGUAGGCUGCGGUCGCUCGACACACUUCCGCGAGAAAUAUGGGGACACGAACUUCUGGACUUUCGAGCUCUUCAUUAAAGAGCUUGAUAACCUGGUGGAUCACUUGCAGCUGAGAGAGAAAGGCUUUUUCAUCCUGGGACAAUCCUGGGGUGGCAUGCUCGGUGGCGCGUAUGCUGCUCUGAAACCUAAGGGGCUUAGGAAACUUGUCCUAGCGGGAUCGCCAGCGAGCAUUCCGCUUAUGUUGAAGGGCUCGCGUGAGCUGCUGGCUGCACUACCGGAGCCAGCGCGGACAACGCUUGAAGAAUGCGAUAAGAAGGGUGAUCACGAAAGCGAGGAGUUUGAGAAUGCAGCUAAGGAAUUUUACGGACGGCAUGUUUGCCGGCUUGAUCCGUAUCCUGAGGACGUCUUAUGCGCGUUUAAGAAUUUGAAAGAUGAUCCAUCUGCUUAUCACACAAUGCAAGGUCCCUCAGAAUUUGUCAUCGUCGGCUCGUUCAAGGACUGGGAGGGUUGGCAAGAGGCACAUAAUAUUGAGGUAGAGACGCUGCUCCUAAAUGGGCGAUAUGACGAGGUGACGGAUCAGUCUGUCCUGCCGUGGUUUAGACACAUCCCCAAGGUGAAAUGGGUGACGCUUGAGAAUUCGAGCCAUAUGUCGCAUUGGGAGGAUCGUGAGAGAUUCAUGCAAAUAGUUGGCGAGUUUCUCUCGUGGUCUGUCUAGUCAAGUAGAAGUGACGAAGAAUCGGACAAUCCAAAGCAGACUAUGAGGCGACGUAUUGUAUUCCGUCGACAGUUACAGUGAAGCUAGUGCUAUUAUCUUUUCUACCUCUUGCCACCUUGACACGUUGAUUUCCUGGAAAAUCAGAAUAGCUGUAGUAGCCCUAGAUCACCAGCUACGCUCUGGCUAGCAUCGACCUGUUUAUGCUCUCUGGCGGACAUCAGAAAAUGUGAACCUACAGCACACGUCGAUGUGACACAGAUUAAUGAAGGGUGAAUAUCUCUGUAUGAGAUAGUCUCAGCACCCCUGCGGGAGUCCCAUUCAUUAUGAUUGCAUUCAGCGUGCAUCAGCUCGAAUGUCCUUCAUACCAUAAGUACCGGAUUAAUUCCGAGCCCCGCCCCCG